CGCAGGUGGGCCAGGGCCCCCGGAGCAGCUUCUCGGGGCGCUUCGCUCCUGGUUCUUUCUCUUAUCCCUCCCUUCUCCGGAAGGGUUUUUCAAGGAGUGGGGAAAGGAAACGAAAACCCCCAAAGUGGAAACCAGUUAAUGACCAGCCACAGCGUCCCUGCUGUGAGCUCCGGCCACUGCCUCCACGGGCGCCCAGCCACGCUCAGGUUGCCGUGGUGCCAGCCGAGGUAACAUGGCUUGCUGGCCUCAGUUGAGGUUGCUGCUGUGGAAGAACCUCACUUUCAGAAGAAGACAAACAUGUCAGUUGUUGCUGGAAGUGGCCUGGCCUCUGUUUAUCUUCCUGAUCCUGAUCUCCGUGCGGCUGAGCUACCCACCCUAUGAACAACAUGAAUGCCACUUUCCAAACAAAGCUAUGCCCUCUGCAGGGACGCUUCCCUGGGUCCAGGGGAUCAUCUGCAACGCCAAUAACCCGUGUUUCCGUUACCCGACUCCUGGUGAGGCUCCUGGGGUUGUUGGAAACUUUAACAAAUCCAUUGUGUCUCGCCUCUUCUCAGAUGCUCAGCGGCUCCUUUUAUAUAGCCAGAGAGACACCAGCAUGAAGGACAUACACAAGGUUCUGAGGACGUUACAGAUGAUCGAGGCUAACAGCUCAAAUUUGACACUCCGGGAUUUCCUGGUGGACAAUGAAACCUUCUCUGGAUUCCUGCAUCACAACCUCUCUCUGCCAAGGCCCGCUGUGGACAGAAUGCUGGGGGCCAGUGUCAGCCUUCGCAAGGUAUUUUUGCACGGCUACCAGUUACGUUUGACUAAUCUGUGUAGUGGAUCCAAGUUAGGAAAGGUGAUCCAACUCGGUGACCAAGAAGUUUCCAGGCUCUGCAGCCUGCCAGGGGAGAAACUGGAUGCUGCAGAGCAAGUGUUUCUCUCCAACAUGGACAUUCUGAAGCCGAUCCUGACAGAACUAGACUCUCUAUCUCCUUUCCUGACCAGGGAGCUGGCUGAAGGCACAAAAACAUUGCUGGACAGUCUCGGGACUCUGGCCCAAGAGCUGUUCAGCAUGAGGAGCUGGAGUGACAUGCGGCAGGAGGUGAUGUUUCUGACCAACGUGAACAGCUCCAUCUCCUCCACCCAGAUAUACCAGGCUGUCUCCCGCAUCGUCUGUGGCCACCCCGAGGGUGGGGGCCUGAAGAUCAAGUCCCUCAACUGGUAUGAGGACAACAACUACAAAGCCCUCUUUGGAGGCAAUGGCACCGAGGAGGAUGCUGGCAUCUUCUAUGACAAUUCUACAAGUCCUUAUUGCAAUGAUUUGAUGAAGAGUUUGGAGUCCAGUCCUCUCUCCCGCAUCAUAUGGAAAGCUCUCAAGCCCUUGCUUGUUGGGAAGAUCCUAUAUACGCCCGACACUCCAGCCACGAGGCAGGUCAUGGCUGAGGUGAAUAAGACCUUCCAGGAACUGGCUGUGUUCAAUGAUAUAAAAGGCAUGUGGGACGAGCUCAGCCCCAAGAUCUGGACCUACAUGGAGAGCAGCCCAGAAAUGGACCUUGUCCGGACGCUCUUGAACAGCAGAGGCAAUGACCACUUCUGGAAACAGCGCCUGGCCGGCUUGGAUUGGACAGCAGAAGAUAUCGUGGCCUUUCUGGCCAAACACCCAGAGGACGUGGAGUCAGAGAAUGGCUCUGUGUACACCUGGAGAGAGGCUUUCAAUGAGACCAACCGGGCGGUCCAGACCAUCUCUCGCUUCAUGGAGUGUGUCAACCUGAACAAGCUGGAACCCGUCGCGACAGAAGUUGGGCUCAUCAACAAGUCCAUGGAGCUGCUGGAUGAGAGGAAGUUCUGGGCUGGCAUCGUGUUCACCGGAAUUACCCCCGACAGCGCCGAGCUGCCCCAUCACGUCAAGUACAAGAUCCGAAUGGACAUCGACAACGUGGAGAGGACAAAUAAGAUCAAAGAUGGGUACUGGGACCCUGGUCCUCGGGCUGACCCCUUUGAGGACAUGCGGUACGUCUGGGGGGGCUUCGCCUACCUGCAGGACGUGGUGGAGCAGGCAAUCAUCCGGGUGCAGACAGGCAUUGAGAAGAAAACAGGCGUCUACGUGCAGCAAAUGCCCUAUCCCUGUUACGUCGAUGACAUCUUCCUGCGGGUGAUGAGCCGGUCAAUGCCCCUCUUCAUGACGCUGGCCUGGAUUUACUCCGUGGCCGUGAUCAUCAAGGGCAUCGUGUAUGAGAAGGAGGCGCGGCUGAAGGAGACCAUGCGCAUCAUGGGCCUGGACAAUGGCAUCCUCUGGUUCAGCUGGUUCAUCAGCAGCCUCAUCCCUCUGCUCGUGAGCGCCGGCCUGCUGGUGGUCAUCCUCAAACUGGGAAACCUGCUGCCCUACAGCGACCCCAGCGUGGUGUUUAUCUUCCUGUCCGUGUUCGCCGUGGUGACCAUCCUGCAGUGCUUCCUGAUCAGCACGCUGUUCUCCAGAGCCAACCUGGCGGCGGCCUGUGGAGGCAUCAUCUACUUCAUGCUGUACCUGCCCUACGUCCUGUGUGUGGCCUGGCAAGACUACGUGGGCUUCUCGCUCAAGAUCUUCGCGAGCCUGCUGUCCCCUGUGGCUUUUGGGUUUGGCUGUGAGUACUUUGCCCUGUUCGAGGAGCAGGGCAUUGGGGUGCAGUGGGACAACCUCUUUGAGAGCCCCGUGGAUGAAGAUGGCUUCAACCUCACCACCUCGGUCUCUAUGAUGCUGUUUGACACCUUCAUCUAUGGGGUGAUGACAUGGUACAUCGAGGCUGUCUUCCCAGGCCAGUAUGGAAUUCCCAGGCCCUGGUAUUUUCCUUGCACCAAGUCCUACUGGUUAGGUGAGGAAAGUGAUGAGAAGAGCCAUCCUGGUUCCAGCCAGAAGGGAGUCUCUGAAAUCUGCAUGGAGGAGGAACCCACCCACCUGAAACUGGGUGUGUCCAUUCAGAACCUGAUGAAGGUUUACCGAAAUGGCAUGAAGGUGGCCGUCGAUGGCCUGACCCUGAAUUUCUAUGAGGGCCAGAUCACUUCAUUCCUGGGCCACAAUGGAGCUGGGAAGACCACCACCAUGUCGAUCCUGACUGGGCUGUUCCCUCCCACCUCGGGCACCGCCUACAUCCUGGGGAAGGACAUUCGCUCUGAGAUGAAUACCAUCCGGCAGAACCUGGGGGUCUGCCCCCAGCACAAUGUGCUGUUUGACAUGCUGACUGUCGAAGAGCACAUCUGGUUCUAUGCCCGCCUGAAAGGGCUCUCAGAGAAGUUUGUGAAAGCGGACAUGGAGCAGAUGGCCCUGGAUGUCGGUUUACCGCCCAGCAAACUGAAAAGCAAAACGAAUCAGCUGUCAGGUGGAAUGCAGAGAAAGCUGUCCGUGGCCUUGGCCUUUGUUGGGGGAUCCAAGGUGGUUAUUCUGGACGAGCCCACGGCCGGCGUGGACCCUUACUCCCGCCGGGGAAUAUGGGAGCUCCUGCUGAAAUACCGACAAGGCCGCACCAUCAUUCUCUCCACACACCACAUGGAUGAGGCGGACAUCCUGGGCGACAGGAUCGCCAUCAUCUCCCACGGGAAGCUCUGCUGCGUGGGCUCCUCCCUGUUUCUGAAGAACCAGAUGGGAACAGGCUACUACCUGACCCUGGUCAAGAAGGACGUGGAAUCCUCCCUCAGUUCCUGCAGAAACAGCAGCAGCACUGUGUCAUACCUGAAGAAGGAGGACAGUGUUUCUCAGAGCAGUUCUGAUGCUGGCCUGGGCAGCGACCAUGAAAGUGACACGCUGACCAUCGAUGUCUCUGCCAUCUCCAACCUCAUCCGGAAGCACGUGGCUGCGGCCCGGCUGGUGGAGGACAUCGGGCACGAGCUGACCUAUGUGCUGCCCUAUGAAGCUGCCAAAGAGGGGGCCUUCGUGGAACUGUUCCACGAGAUUGACGACCGGCUCUCAGACCUGGGCAUCUCCAGCUACGGCAUCUCAGAGACCACCCUGGAAGAAAUAUUUCUCAAAGUGGCUGAAGAGAGUGGAGUGGAUGCCGAGACCUCAGAUGGCACUCUGCCGGCAAGGCGAAACCGACGCGCCUUCGGGGACAGGCAGAGCUGCCUUCGUCCGUUCACUGAAGACGAUGCUGUUGAUCCAAACGAUUCCGACAUAGACCCAGAAUCCAGAGAAACGGACCUGCUCAGCGGGAUGGAUGGCAAAGGCUCCUACCAGGUGAAGGGCUGGAAGCUCACACAGCAACAGUUUGUGGCCCUUUUGUGGAAGAGGCUGCUGAUUGCCAGACGGAGUCGGAAGGGAUUCUUUGCUCAGAUUGUCCUGCCAGCUGUGUUCGUCUGCAUUGCCCUGGUGUUCAGCUUGAUUGUGCCACCCUUUGGCAAAUACCCCAGCCUGGAACUUCAGCCCUGGAUGUACAAUGAACAGUACACAUUUGUCAGUAAUGACGCUCCUGAGGACACAGGCACCCAGGAACUCUUGAAUGCCCUCACCAGAGAACCCGGCUUCGGGACCCGAUGUAUGGAAGGAAACCCAAUCCCAGACAUGCCCUGCUUGGAGGGGGAGGAGGAGUGGACCACGGCCCCCGUCCCCCAGACCAUCAUGGACCUCUUCCAGAAUGGGAACUGGACGAUGGAGAACCCCUCGCCCACCUGCCAGUGCAGCAGCGACACAAUCAAGAAGAUGUUGCCCGUGUGUCCCCUGGGGGCAGGGGGGCUGCCUCCUCCACAGAGAAAGCAGAACACCGAGGACAUCCUUCAGAACCUGACGGGAAGAAACAUUUCGGAUUACCUGGUGAAGACAUAUGUGCAGAUCAUCGCCAAAAGCUUAAAGAACAAGAUCUGGGUGAAUGAGUUUCGGUAUGGCGGCUUUUCCCUGGGCGCCAGCAAUUCUCACUCGCUUCCUCCAAGUCAAGAAGUUAACGAUGCCAUCAGACAAAUAAAGAAACACUUGAACCUGGCCAAGGACAGCUCUUCAGAACGAUUUCUCAGCAGCUUGGGAAGGUUCAUGACAGGACUGGACACAAAAAACAACGUCAAGGUGUGGUUCAAUAACAAAGGGUGGCAUGCCAUCAGCUCCUUCCUGAAUGUCAUCAACAACGCCAUUCUGCGGGCCAACCUGCAGAAGGGUGCGAACCCCAGCCAGUAUGGGAUCACUGCUUUCAACCACCCCCUGAAUCUCACCAAGCAGCAGCUCUCAGAAGUGGCCCUGAUGACCACAUCAGUGGAUGUCCUCGUGUCCAUCUGUGUUAUCUUUGCAAUGUCCUUCGUCCCGGCCAGCUUUGUCGUGUUCCUGAUCCAGGAGCGGGUCAGCAAGGCAAAGCACCUGCAGUUCAUCAGCGGAGUGAAGCCCGUCAUCUACUGGCUCUCCAACUUCGUCUGGGAUAUGUGCAACUAUGUGGUCCCCGCGACGCUGGUCAUUGUCAUCUUCAUCUGCUUCCAGCAGAAGUCCUACGUGUCCUCCACCAACCUGCCUGUGCUCGCCCUCCUGCUUCUGCUCUACGGGUGGUCGAUCACGCCUCUCAUGUACCCGGCCUCCUUCGUGUUCAAGAUCCCCAGCACGGCCUACGUGGUCCUCACCAGCGUGAACCUCUUCAUCGGCAUCAACGGCAGCGUGGCCACGUUCGUGCUGGAGCUGUUCACGGACAACAAGCUGAAUAACAUCAAUGAUAUCCUGAAGUCCGUGUUCUUGAUCUUCCCACACUUUUGCCUGGGACGGGGGCUCAUUGACAUGGUGAAAAACCAGGCGAUGGCUGACGCCUUGGAAAGGUUUGGGGAGAACCGCUUUGUCUCGCCGCUCUCCUGGGACCUGGUGGGACGCAACCUGUUCGCCAUGGCUGUGGAGGGGGUGGUGUUCUUCCUCAUCACUGUCCUGAUCCAGUACAGAUUCUUCAUCCGGCCCAGACCUGUAAAUACAAAGCUCCCUCCUCUGAAUGAUGAAGACGAAGAUGUCAGGCGGGAAAGACAGAGAAUUUGUGAUGGUGGAGGGCAGAAUGACAUCUUGGAAAUCAAGGAGCUGACUAAGGUGUAUAGAAGGAAGAGGAAGCCUGCUGUGGACAGGAUUUGUGUUGGCAUCCCUCCUGGCGAGUGCUUUGGGCUCCUGGGAGUUAAUGGGGCUGGGAAGUCGUCAACUUUCAAGAUGUUAACUGGAGAUACCACUGUUACCAGAGGAGAUGCCUGCCUUAACAAAAAUAGUAUCUUAUCAAACAUCCAUGAAGUACAUCAAAACAUGGGCUAUUGCCCUCAGUUUGAUGCCAUCACGGAGCUGAUGACGGGAAGGGAACACGUGGAGUUCUUUGCCCUCUUGAGAGGAGUCCCAGAGAAAGAAGUUGGCAAGGUUGGUGAGUGGGCCAUUCGGAAGCUGGGCCUCGUGAAGUACGGAGAAAAAUACGCUGGUAACUAUAGUGGCGGCAACAAGCGCAAGCUUUCCACGGCCAUGGCUCUGAUCGGCGGGCCUCCUGUGGUGUUCCUGGAUGAACCGACCACAGGCAUGGAUCCCAAGGCCCGGCGCUUCCUGUGGAACUGCGCCCUGAGUGUUGUCAAGGAGGGGAGAUCAGUAGUGCUGACAUCUCACAGCAUGGAAGAAUGUGAAGCCCUUUGCACUAGGAUGGCAAUUAUGGUCAACGGGAAGUUCAGGUGUCUUGGUAGCGUCCAACAUCUGAAAAAUAGGUUUGGAGACGGUUACACAAUAGUUGUGCGCAUAGCGGGGUCCAACCCGGACCUGAAGCCCGUCCAGGACUUCUUUGGACUCGCCUUCCCGGGCAGCGUCCUGAAGGAGAAGCACCGCAACAUGCUACAGUACCAGCUGCCUUCGUCGUUGUCCUCCCUGGCCAGGAUCUUCAGCAUCCUUUCCCAGAGCAAAAAGCGACUCCACAUCGAGGACUACUCCGUGUCUCAGACGACACUUGACCAAGUAUUUGUAAACUUUGCCAAGGACCAAAGCGACGACGACCCCUUAAAGGACCUGUCGUUACACAAAAACCAGACAGUAGUGAACGUUUCGGUCCUCACGUCCUUCCUGCAGGAUGAGAAAGUGAAAGAAAGUUGCGUGUGAAGAGCCCUGUUCCUGCAGGGUGCCUGCAAGAAAGGAGGGACUUGCCCUUCCUCUGCCCCGCGUGGGGAGCCCGCAGGGAGGAGCUGGACGGUUCUGCGGGGAGCAGUAAACUGGAUACUGUACUGAUACUCUUCAAUGCAAUGCAAUUCAAUGCAAUCAAAACGAAAUUCCACGACAGGGGCAGUGCCUUUGUAGCCGAUGUCUCGUAGGGCUCUCGAGUGAAAAAAGACUUGAAUUCAGUGUACUACCUUAUGCGUGUGUGAAACUCUAGUAUGGAACCCAGAGGACAUAGGGGCUUGAAACCAUACUUGUUUUUCUUUUUGUUCUCACUGGGGCUGCAACAGUAAUUCGUCAAGUAAUCCUGGCCAGUGAUGAUUUGCCCACAUCGAAAGGCAUGCAUGCUCGCCCCACUCACUGCGCCGUGCCAUGCCCAAGGACUGGUUUCCUGGUGCCACCUCCACUGAUGGCAGCGAGUGCACCGGAAUAAGUGGUGCUCAGAAAGCCCGAAGCACCACGGUGCGUCACGCACACUUUUGUGAAAGUUCUUCUACUCGGAGUCUAUCGACAUCAAAUAUCAGGAGACAAAAACGGUGCCAUGUGUCGGAGUGGGGGGAAAGCCCUGCUUGGAUUCCCUCCCGAUGAGCUGCUCUGGUUGAUGGUAACAUGCAAAUUGUGGGUGGCUGUAGACAAGUGAGACUUGGUUUCAUUGUUACAUUGUCCCUCGCUUGGAGCCAAGGGUCUCCAGGGCCAUCUUGCUGGGACUCUUUACAUGUACUUAGGUCCUGGGAGGGAGCAAAGAGCCAGCAGCCAGUUCGUUGGGGCUGUGAGCUGCUGGGGCCGGGGCGCGGGCU